AUUGCUCCCAGUACAACUGGGAGUCCCUCAACGCACUCCCAGGAGUUGCCAUGCGGAGGCUUCGAGGAGAGGAGCAAGGAAACGCAGCUGGGAUAAAAAUGGAGAAGCGGAAUCCAGCUGAAAUUGAGCCAGAGGAGACACUGAAGAGAGACCUUCACAUCAUCCAGGUAGAGGUGAACGGAGAGCUUUCGCCGGGAGUAGACGCCCGUGAAAUCAAGCAAGAACCAGAGGAAGGCCCGCAGCCGUGCUGGGGAGCUCAGAGGCACAACUUCCCGAAAGAUGCAGCCUCUCCUCAGUCAGGAUGGAAAACCCCACACCCAUCUCAGUCCCAAUCCAAGGAGAUCCCUAAGGAUUUAAAAUACCCCUUCAAGGGAUUUGUGGAUGCCAGGCAGUGGCCUUGCGGAGAGUGGAGGACCCAAAUGACCCUGGACCCUGCGGAAUCCCAGCCGAUUGAUGGAAGCCAGGAGCUUUCUAGGAAUGUCACAGAGGAAGGGGUUUCAAACGAGGACAGUGUCAGCUCAGAGAUACGGCGUUGGCAUUUCCGGAGGUUCUCCUACUGGGAGGCCAAGGGGCCGCAAGAGGCAUUUGGCCAGCUCUGGGAACUUUGCUGUCAGUGGCUGGAGCCAGACAGACACACCAAGGAGCAGAUGCUGGAGCUGGUGAUCCUGGAGCAAUUCCUGGCCAUCCUGCCAGAGGAAAUGCAGAGCUGGGUCCAUGAACGGGGACCAGAGACUGGCAGCCAGGCGGCGGCCCUGGCCACGGAUUUCCUCCUGAUGCUGAAGGAGACUGAGAAGGGCCAAGAGCAGUCACCCUUUGGACAGGAUCCGUCAGACAUUGCAAAGGUGCAGCUUUCCACGGAGGCUGUGAAAGAAGGUGAUAGAAAGGCGACCUUUCCAGGAGAUGAUUGGCAAGCGAACAUAAAAGAGGAGGUAGUGGAAGAGGCUCUUCCGCUGGAAGGACCUGAGCAAGGAGACACCCCAGGAGCUUCAUGGGAAAGAGCUGAAGAGAAACGUCUCCAGGUUCCUGAAACAGAACACGUCCCCAGACGUUUGCAGGACCAGGAAAAUCUCCAGGCAAGCGGUCUGUGGAAGAGGACGGAACAAUCCUUCCUUUGUGAGGUUGUUCACAAAGGCCUACACGAAAGGACCUUCCAAGAGGGAAUGCGCCGGCGUAAGAGAAAGAAGGCUGGUGUGGAUUGUGAGGAAAGCCUGCUCCAGAGCUUAGACCUUCUUGAGAACCAGAGACGGCAGCCUGGAGAAAAGCUGUCUAAAUCCUCCGAAUGGGAGAAAAGCCUCAAGCUGAGGCUGCACCUUAAUAUGCCUGAAAGGAAACUCUCGGGAGGGACCCCCUCCGUAUGGUCAGACUGUGGGAAAAGGUUCCCUCAGCCUUACGACGCUCCCAGACCUCAGGAAAUCCAGGCCAGAGCAAACCAGCAUAUAUGCUCAGAGUGCGGCAGGACCUUCAGCAGGCAAUCCCACCUCCUGAUACAUCAGCGAAUGCAUACAGGGGAAAAGCCGUACACGUGCUCAGAGUGCGGAAAGAGCUUCAGCUACAGCUCAGUCCUCACAGAACACGAAAGGAUCCACACUGGGGAGAAGCCCUACGAAUGCUCGGACUGCAGGCAAACUUUCAGCCGCAGGUCGUACCUCAUUCAGCACGAAAGAACCCACACAGGAGUGAAGCCCUACGAAUGCGGGGAGUGCCUAAAGUGUUUCACGCGUCGCAGCGGCCUUCUUCGACAUCAGAAACUCCAUGUAGCAAAGAAGCUGGGAUGAAGCCAUGUUUUCUUUCUUUCUUUCUUUUUUUAAUCCUACGCAUUCAAAAGACAUUGGCUGCGUCCGGACAACGCAAUAGUCAAUGGUGGGUUACUACUUAACACCACGGUUGAUUGCUGAGGGGGUACUCUCCAUACCACAUGAAUUAUUAUCAACAGUGCUGUGGAUUAAGGCCAGCAUUGAGUUGACAGACUCAUCCCCCCCCUCUCCCCCCAGUC